AAACCCGCCCAUCUUUUCUGCUUUUUCGGGAUUCGCGAAUCCAACAGCCUUGGUGUAGUCCAGUAACAGCAAGACCCCGCCUCACACACUCUCUCGGCCCACUCAUAUCCCCCGAAUAAUCCACCAGUAUGCCCCCCUCCAACUUCCGAUACAAGGUCCGAGCUUCCAAGGGUGCUCUCCAAGUACCAUGUGCUCCUGAACUUGCCAAUAUGCUCCAAUGUUUCGCCACUACCGGAGAUUUGAGACAUACCCAAUCGUGCGCGGACAGCGCAAAGAUGUUGCAUGCUUGUAUGGCUACAGGGAAGGGAAAGGGUGGCAAGCAGGGAAGCUCUGUGAGUUGUGUUUUGUGCUUGGAGAAGAAGGGGAAGGAGGGGAGACUUGGAUUAGGAGACUGUGGGAGCUGGAGCGCACGUUUGGGCGCAUGGGCGAGUCAGAAUGGGAAGCUGAUAUUCGUUGCAGAUCAACCACCUUUUGGGCAAGAUCCGAAGAUAGUGAGAGUUUUAGAAGGGGAGCAGAGAAGAUUUGUGUACCGACAUAUUGUAUACCCAUGCACGGCAUAUCGACUUGUCGGGCUCGUGACAGCGUUGAGCCUCUGGCGAGCAACAAUUUGAUGCGGAAGCGCUCACGUCUCAAGUCUGUAUAGCG